AUGGCAUUAAUGAUGAAGAAUAAUCCAUACGAGUACACAAAGAUGGAGAAAGAAGAUGCCCAAGAUUUGAGUCACACAAGAGCUCAAUUUCUAAUCCAGAAGGUUCUGGAACGGGCAGACCAGAAGACAAGACAGCAGCAACGGAGGAAGAGAUCAUCUGGACCGUUGAUUAUGAUCAGAGUAGCUGGGUUAAGAAUGAGAGUUGGUAAGAAACUAAGAAAGCUGAGGAAGAACAAUACUUGUGUUUGCACCACUCUUAUCUCUCGUUUCCUCAAACUGUUUAAACGAUUUUGGUCAUCUUCUCCUUCUUCUCCAACAAUCUCUGAUCUUUCUCCUUUAUUCUCUCUUCAAGAUUGA